GAGGUUCUCAACAUUAAAAAAGAAAUAUGUCCGACACAACGGAGUCUGGGCUGACGGCGUUUGCUCUGCCGCCUGCGCCGACGUAUCGCUUCGUCAUCACUAGCAGAGCCGAGAAGGUGAAGAUCACACUAGAAGAUCUAAAGAGCAAGAAGCAGUGGUAUUAAAUUGAGCUGGGCAUCACUUAAAGCCUCGACAUUCAAUCUCUAACGCAGUAUGUAAAUAUCUAAAUAUCGCAGGAGCUCGGGUUUUCUAGAUGACAAAGAAUACGUUACGAGCACGAACAGAAUCCCCAACGCGAGUCUCGUGGAUUACGUUAAGGUCUUCAAAGAUACUCUAGAAUUUCUGAUGGAGAGUAUCGAAGCUGAGGAAGAAGACACGGAAACAGACAUCACUGUCGAGGACGGUGAUCUCAAGGGGCGAGACAACCCCCUGGACCCCGCAAAGAUCCGUCGCAAACUGACCCCUCUCAAAGACUAUAAAUUCCAGCUAGAAUUGGCAGUAAAAAUCCGGAUUUUCCAGUCGGCAUGGACUGCGAAAUAUCUGUUCCAGUUGGAGCCCGUUACACUCGACCGAAUCGAUAUUUUAGAGGCCAAACUCCGAGAUAUAGAGUACGAACUGGAAAAGACGAAAAACAAUUUGGACGAUGAGAAACGGGGGCGUGAGAUUGUGGAGGAGGAAUUAAACGAAAUGAAGGACAAACUCGCAGAUUUGGAGAAGGCGAUUGUGAAGACAAACAAUCCAAAGGCGCAUGAACGGUUGAAAGCAGCCUCGAGAAAUGUGGCGGAGUUGAACGACAAGGGCCAACUGCAGUGGAAUUCAGUGAAAGGACUCGGCUUUGAGCCGUCGAGUGGCGGAUACGGUGUGCGUGUCCUUGUGGCUGGGUGGUAUAUGGUCAACGCGACGGUGUACUUGGCGCCUCAAACAGUUGGAACGAGCGUUAAACUCCAGCUGAACGGGAACUACUUGCGAUCUCAGCCUGCUCCGAUUAAUGGUAAGCAGAAUACCAGCGUUACGUUCGCCUUCGUAACAAACUUGAAGAAAAACGACGAGCUCACGAUUAUCGCCACGGACUCUCAAGUUGGAGCUGAUCUCGACGCAUUCAGAGUUGGCAAGUAAACGGGAUCGACGUUGAAGACAGCUACGCAGUCGAAGUCUUACAGCAUGUAAUCUCGCUUUCGCCCUUGACUGAAUAUGUUUUAUAAGCGAUAAUUUAGGUAGCAAAUAAGUUGAACAAGCCAGUGACGUUGGAAUGGACGUUGUUCCUAGUACUAAGUUUUUAUUUAAUGAAGACAGAAUCCACCG